AGGGCAGCGUACCAAACGCACUUGGCAGGCAGCAGCUCGUGAACUGUGGCGACUCGCUCGACUUCAUGCCACUUUAUUCCGUUUCUGUCUUCUUCUUGCCCGUGAUCGAGCUCCUUUUCUUGCUUAAAUUCUCCGCCGCCCCACCUCCAGCUUCCUUCAAUUCCGGAAUGGGCAUGCCGCGAGCACGAUCCUUGGCCUGCAUUGCCGUGGCGGCCAUUGCGCUCCUCGCGCCGACGCGCGGAGCGGAGAUGGUCGAGCGGCAGUUCGUGGAGUGGGUGCGGUACAUGGGCGGCCUCCGGCACAGCACGUUCCAGCAGCACGCGCUGGACCGUGCGUCCCCCUCGUACUCGCUCGUCGUCGACGCGAACCCGGCGUUCGGCGACUUCACGACCAUCCAGGCCGCCGUCGACUCGCUCCCGGACAUGAACCUCGUCCGCGUCGUCAUCAGGGUCAACCCCGGCACCUACACGGAGAAGGUGAGCAUCUCGGCGAUGCGCGCGUUCAUCACCCUGGAGGGCGCCGGCGCGGACAGCACGAUCGUGCAGUGGGGCGACACCGCGGACUCGCCGACGGGGGCCAAGGGACGGCCCCUCGGCACGUUCAACUCCGCGUCCUUCGCCGUGAACGCGCAGUACUUCCUGGCGAGGAACAUCACUUUCAAGAACACGUCGCCGGUGCCGAGGCCCGGGGCGACGGGGAAGCAGGCGGUGGCGCUGCGGGUGUCGGCGGACAACGCGGCGUUCGUGGGGUGCAGUUUCCUGGGCGCGCAGGACACGCUGUACGACCACUCGGGCCGGCACUACUACAAGGAGUGCUACAUCCAAGGGUCCGUGGACUUCAUCUUCGGCAACGCGCUGUCGCUGUACGAGGACUGCCACGUGCACGCGAUCGCGCUGGACUACGGGGCGCUGACGGCGCAGAACCGGCAGAGCAUGCUGGAGGACACGGGGUUCUCCUUCGUCAACUGCCGGGUGACGGGCUCCGGCGCGCUCUACCUGGGCCGCGCCUGGGGCACCUUCUCCCGCGUCGUCUUCGCCUACACCUACAUGGACGACAUCAUCAUCCCCAAAGGAUGGUACAACUGGGGCGACCCCAACCGCGAGCUGACGGUGUUCUACGGGCAGUACAAGUGCACGGGGCCGGGCGCGACCUACGCCGGCCGGGUGGCGUGGUCGCACGAGCUCACCGACGACGAGGCCAGGCCCUUCGUCUCGCUCAACUUCAUCGACGGCAACGAGUGGAUCAUGCUGUAGUUGUAUAUUAUCGUAAAUCUCCCAGUCGCUCACACGGCAGCACGUCGCCACACCAUGUAAAGAAGCAGAGGAACAAAACAAUAUACAAGAUUUACAUUUUUCUGUUGCUCCA